AUGUCAUUUUUUAGUACAUCAAAUAAUAAUACGGUAUCGGCAACAAUGACUACCGAAAAGGAUCUAGCUAAUGAUAUCAUAAUACAAAACCCUGCUGAUGACUCGAUUUCAGACAUUGCAUUUUCUCCACAACAUGAUUAUUUAUUUUCUGUUAGCUCAUGGGAUGGUAAAGUGAGAAUUUGGGACAUUCAAAAUGGUGUGGCUCAGGGACGUUCUCAAUAUGAGCAUUCAGGGCCUGCAUUAACGACAAGAUGGAGUGGAGACGGUACUAAAGUUGCCUCAGGCGGUUGUGAUAAUGCAGUGAGAAUAUUUGAUGUAACCAGUGGUCAAUCACAACAAAUAGGGAUACAUGAUGCUCCAGUAAAGAGUCUUAGAUUUGUGAAUUGUGGACCUACAAAUACAGAAUGUUUAGUUACAGGUUCAUGGGAUAAGACGAUUAAAUAUUGGGAUUUAAGGCAGCCUCAACCAGUAGCGACAGUAAUGAUGCCAGAGAGAGUUUAUACAAUUGAUAAUAAAAGACAAUUAUUAGUAGUAGGUACUGCUGAAAAACAUAUUAUUAUUAUAAAUUUAAAUAAUCCAAGUACAAUAUUUAAAGCAACGCAGUCACCGUUAAAAUGGCAGACAAGGGUAGUGGCGUGUUAUAAUGAAGGUGACGGUUAUGCUAUUGGUUCAACAGAAGGAAGAUGUGCAAUUAGAUAUGUAGAUGAUGAACAACAAAAGAAAAAUGGGUUUUCUUUCAAAUGUCACCGUCAAACAAAUCCUAACAGAGCUGCAGGCACUCAGACACAGUCUAUAGUAUAUCCAGUAAAUAGUAUUGCGUUUCAUCCUAUAUAUGGUACUUUUGCCACUGCAGGUGGUGAUGGGUCAUUCCAUUUUUGGGAUAAAAAUCAUAGACAUAGACUAAGAGGAUUCCCUUCAAUGCAAGCAUCUAUACCUGUUGUGAAUUUUAACAGAAAUGGUACCGUAUUUGCGUAUGCUUUGAGUUAUGACUGGCAUCAAGGUCAUAUGAAUAAUAGACCUGAUUAUCCAAAUGUGGUAAGACUUCACGCUACUACUGAUGCUGAAGUAAAAGAAAAAGUUAAAAAAUAA